AGCUGGCUCUGUGCUUGUGCUCUGGGAAGUGAUGCUGGGAUCUGGACUGGAGGGGGAGGUGCCGGCGGGGCUGCCCGAAGUCUGUGAGAAACUGGAUGUGAGGCUCAUACCUGCAGCCAGUGUAGCUGGGAUCCAGGAAAGAGAUGGGGGACCUCAAGCCCGGAGAGAGGACGGAGGGGGUGGGCUGUGUUAGGGCAGCGGGGUCACAAGCCAAGUGGAAACUGAAUGACCCCGUUUACAGUUCUUCUGUUUAUACUCAAAACACCGGGCUCUGGAGCCAGUUGCUGCCUGUGGGUUUUCUUGAAUCUGCUCUAAAGUCUUUUAGAGGACAAGCCCCAAAAGAUAGCACAGGCUCACCCUUCCUCCCCAAUGCCCCUCCCUACACUUCAUUAGCUUCCUCUUUUCAGUAAUAGUCCCAGAGUUGGGUAUUGGUCAGGGGAGGAAAAGGUGGAGGAGAAUCUGUGUUCUGCAAAAGGACAGGAGGACGAGAGCCAUCAUGACAAACUGGCGCAGCCCCCUCAUCCUCACGGCCUACAUCAUCAUCUUCCUCACUGGCCUCCCCGCCAACCUCCUGGCCCUGCGGGCCUUCAUAGGACGGGUCCGCCAGCCCCACCCGGCCCCCGUGCACAUCCUGCUGCUCAGCCUGACGCUGGCGGACCUCCUGCUGCUGCUGCUGCUGCCCUUCAAGAUGGUCGAGGCCGCGUACGACUUCCAAUGGUACCUGCCCGAGUUACUCUGCGCCCUCACGGGGUUCGGCUUCUACAGCAGCAUCUACUGCAGCACGUGGCUCCUGGCGGGCAUCAGCAUCGAGCGCUACCUGGGAGUGGCCUUCCCCGUGCAGUACAAGCUGUCCCGCAAGCCGGUGUACGGAGUGAUUGCGGCCGUGAUCGCCUGGGUCAUGUCCUUCGGUCACUGUACCAUCGUGAUCAUCGGCCAGUACUGGAACUCAACCCAUAAUGAUGUCACAAGUGAGAAUGGCAUCACCUGCUAUGAGAACUUCACCCAAGCUCAGCUGGAUGUGGUGCUUCCUGUGAGGCUGGAGCUGUGCCUCUUCCUGUUCUUUGUCCCCAUGGUGAUCACCAUCUUCUGCUACUGGCGCUUUGUGUGGAUCAUGCUCACCCAGCCCCACGUGGGGGCUCAGAGGCGGCGCAGAGCUGUAGGGCUGGCUGUCGUGACGCUCCUUAAUUUCCUGGUGUGCUUCGGGCCUUACAAUGUAUCCCACUUGGUGGGCUUUUUCACGAAGAAGAGCCCCCUGUGGAGGGCUGAAGCCGUGGUAUUCAGUUCCCUCAAUGCCAGUCUGGACCCCCUGCUUUUCUAUUUCUCUUCGGCAGCUGUGCGUAGAGCCUUUGGAAGGGGGCUGCAGAUCCUGAGGCAUCAGAGCGCCUCCCUGCUGGGGCGCAGAGGCAAAGAGACAACAGAGGGGACGAGCGGGGACAGGGGUGUGAGUCAAGCAGAGGGAGCUCCGAGUUCUGACUUUACCACAGAAUAGGGGUGUCCAGGACCUUUGGAGGCACUCUGGGUGACACAGGCAUUGAGCAGGCUGGGACAGGGGGAACGUGAGGUUCCUGUCCCAGAGUCAGAAAUCCUCAGAUGGAUCCACUACGGGAGCUGUAGAAAUCUCUCUCAGCAGCUUGGUAUCCCUUCCUGACUGAAGUUUUCUUCCCAAAGGAGCACAGCUCCAUGACAAAGGAAGAAAUGGUUUGGCAUAGAAGCACCCUCAGACCAUGGUUUCAGGAGCAAUGUAGCUAAUACAAAAUCAGUCCUUGUGACACAGUGGUAGCUGGGGACGAUCAGGCUAAAGCCGAGUCCUAAAGCCAUCUUGCUACAGGCUUUGAAACAACAUCUAGACCCUGGGCCAGCUGUUGAUACUGGAAAGAAGACCAUGGGAAGAGAUGGAAGGGAAUACAAGGGAAUACCAAAUGAGGUCAAAGAAGACUCAGGAAGAUUAUGAGUCAAGGGAACUAAGAGGGAGGACCAGGGACUUUGAACUCUAACCAUCUAGGUCUGCACUGUAUCGCUCUGACCUGCUGCUUUGUAAGUAUGCUCCAGUCAUCUUCAAGUGUGUAUUUUGUCUCCCCGUAUUAAACCUGCCAGAGGUCUGGGUCUUGUCUCCUCCCUCCAUGGCACCCCACACGGGCUAGGACACAGCCUGGUGCCUGUCAGUCAGAAGUCAACACUGACUAUAGGACAAGAGCAGACAACCCGGUCUGGCAGAUUGAAAAUAAAAAUGGUAAAACCCUGAA